AUGGAAUGUAUGAAAAUGAAACAUUUAUUAAGACAGUUCUUCGAUUCAGGUCCAAGUCUUGAUACUUGGACACAUUUUUAUGAAAAUUCAGUUAUCACUGAAAAACACACCGAAAAUGAAAUAUUUAGUCGAUCAAAACAAGGAAAUUAUUAUAUUACAACAUGUUUAUUCAAUGAAAUUCAAGGAGUUGUUGUCUAUAUAGACAUCAAUGAUAAAACAAAACUUCUUAUUUCUAUUUCUGAAUUCAAUGGCACAAAAACUCCAUCUCAAACAGUUUAUUAUAGAUAUGGAAGUUGUGUUAUCUAUCAAACAUGUGCCACAAAAUCUAUACAAACAGGAUAUGAUGAUAAUGAUGGAGUAUUUUUAUGUUCAUUUAUAGCAAAUACAAACAACAAAAAUAUUUUUGAAGAUUCAACAGUCUUUGAUUGUGGAGAAAUAUAUACAGGACAGUCGAUUAAUUUUUUAUAUUACGGAAAUCUUAGUUAUUCACGAAAUAACAUAACAAAUAACAAAUGUAAUAAAGAUGUUUCACUUGAAAUUUAUUCAAACCAGAAAUACAACAUCAGUCAAUCAUCUUUCAUUGAUAACAAAGCAUACUAUGAAUGCUUUUGUUUUGUUUCUAAUGGUCCACAUCAAUUUUAUUUAUGUAAUAUCAUGAGAAACAAUGCUAGUAAAUGUUUUUGGUUAUUUAAAGCAACAGUUACCUUUGAAUCAUGUUCAAUCAAAAAUAAUAAUUGUACAGAAACAUUUGAUUUAUCUGGUUCAAGUUCAGCUACAAUCAUUAAUAGUGAUUAUAAUGGACAAACAUCAAGUGUAACAAUAAUAAAUUCAACAAACCAUUCAUACAACAAAUUAUCACAUCUUUCUACAGGACUUUGUGAAGCAAAAAAUAAAAUUGAAAAUAAUUUUGAAGAGAGAACAAUUCCAUUUUUUGCAAUUCUUGAUGAAUCAUUAGAUUUUUUUUAUCUUUGGGUUAGUUGA